UCUGUCUUAGACAUAUGUCUUCUUCAAAGCAGAAACUCGUGAUAGUUGCUCUCGGAGGACUAUCUGGUGUUGCUGGAGCAUGGACAUAUUAUCGUCGGCGUGAUGGCGAGGGUCGCAAGUCACAGAAGCAGCCAUCAAAAGUAGAAAAUCUAGACCUAAAUUUAAAGCAGGUUCAAGUUAUUUUCCGGCAUGGAGCUAGAACACCUCUACAUCUAAUUCCCGCAAUUGAGGAGGCAACUUACGAUAAAAAGAAAUGGAAGAAAUCUUUCCCCCCUACAAUCUAUGACUAUGAAGUUUUAAAUAUUGAUGGGAAACAGGCACCUGACUCGAAGUAUGAAGAAUACUAUAAGAAACUAGGAUUACUUAAGGGUGGCUGUCCACAUGGGAUGUUAACUUAUCUAGGUCAGGUCCAGACCUACAAUUUAGGGAGGAGACUUAGGAAAUACUACAUCGGGAAACUUCCUGGUAGACUUAUGUCAGAGUUUGAUCCCGACCUAGUCUAUUUAAGAACCACGAACAUGAACCGUACAAAAGAUUCACUACGCUGUGUUCUGGCUGGUGUUUUUGGAGCAGAGCAACUUCAAGAGCAUACUGAGAAAACGGGUCAGAAGAUUACCUUUUAUACUGCCACUCAGGAAUCUGAACACCUGUUUCCUAAUCCCCACACCUGCCCUGUCCUCAAGCGGAUCAACAGGGCGGCCAUUGUGGACGGGGUGGAUUUACCCGAGUUCCUAGAGGACAGACAGGAAAUAGAAAAAGUGUUAGGAAUGAGUGGAAAAGAUUGGAAAAGCAAAAUACAUUUUAUAUCAGCUAGGGAUGAUCUGGCAGCCAGAGCGGCUCAUGGUCUCCAUAUACCCAAGGUUCUAGUGCCAUAUGUGACUAAGAUAACUGAAAAUGCAGUGCAGAUGUUUUCAUAUUCUUUCAUAGGACAACAUGAACUCCAGAAUGAUAUAGCAUCAAAUCUUUCAAGUGGUAGAAUGCUAGAACUGUUUAGAAAUGCCCUUCGAGAUUUUAUCAGUGAUACAAGACCAGUACGCCUGUACCUGUAUUCUGCCCAUGACUCCUCUCUAAUGGCCUUACUCCUUGCCUUGAAGCUAGAUGACAAACAUUGGCCACCAUUUGCAUCAGAUCUGCUUUUUGAGCUCUACCAGUGCAAUAACACUAAACAAUACUACGUUAUUGUCAGAUACAAUGGAGAAGCUGUUGUACUUCCUAAACUUGCCAAGAAAUAUGUCAGUAUUGGACAAGAAUCUGCAGUUCCUUUGAAAUAUUUUAUGAAAUAUUUGAAUGAAGAAAAAGUCAUGGAAUCCAAAGAAUACAGGAAAGUUUGUGAAUCUAACAUCUUAGACAUCAUAGCAGAAGAAAUUGAGAAAAGAGAGGGUCUUGCGAAAGAAGAAGAGACAGAAGCCGAGGAGAUGUCUGACAAUCCUGCUGGAAUGUAAAACUGUGGUCAAUGUAAAUGUAGCUUGGAUAUUGAAAAUAUUUAAUGGUCGUGGUCAGUGAAAAUGUGGCUUGGAUAUUGAAAAUAUUAAAUGGUCAUGGUCAGUGGCUGUGAAUAUAUAUUAUUGACAAUAAAUGUGAUGGCCAACAGUGUUGGGAACAGAAGAGAUCAAGUGUUCAGAAUGAUGGCAUAUUUAAAGUCAGGGUAGUAACUUUGAAUACAGAUAUGAGCUUUUUAAAUAAAUAUUUAUAUUAGUGGCAAGUUGUCUUUGUUUUAGGUAGUAGCUUUGAUUACUGGAUAAGCACUUUUUUGUUUAUUUAUUCGAAGUUCAGUUCAAUGGACAAGCAUAGGUCAGUGAUUAUUGUUUUGUAUGCAUGUUUUUGUUUAUGUAUUCUAUAAAAAUAUUUUCAACAAUG